GGAGUUUCAGGUGAAUGGGUCACCGAGGGAGGAGGCUGGCCACGCCACACCUCGUCGCUAGUGCCCACCUCCCGGCCCCUCUUUCCUUAGGCGACAGCGGUGGAGUUGCGGGAGAGCGGUCCAGCGCACGGAGCAACCGGCUAGGGGCUCGGCAGGUUCGCUUAUCUUGGGAGCCUGGACAUUUUGCUCAUCAUAAAGAUUAGGUGACCAGUGACAUCAGCCAUGUCCGUGAGGCCUUUUGAAAGUCCACCUCCUUACAGACCUGAUGAAUUCAAACCCAAUCAUUAUGCACCAAGCAAUGACAUGUAUGGCGGAGAGAUGCAUGUCCGGCCGAUGCUCUCUCAGCCAGCGUACUCUUUUUAUCCGGAAGAUGAAAUUCUUCACUUCUACAAAUGGACGUCGCCCCCAGGGGUGAUCCGGAUCCUGUCUAUGCUCAUUAUUGUGAUGUGCAUCGCCAUAUUUGCCUGUGUGGCUUCCACACUUGCUUGGGACAGAGGCUAUGGGACAGGGCUCUUUGGAGGAAGCCUAAACUACCCUUAUAGUGGCUUUGGCUACGGAGGUGGCUAUGGAGGCGGCUAUGGAGGCUAUGGCUAUGGCUAUGGCGGAUAUACAGACCCAAGAGCAGCCAAAGGCUUCCUGUUGGCCAUGGCAGCCUUCUGCUUCAUCGCUUCCUUAGUAAUAUUUGUGACCAGUGUUAUAAGAUCUGGAAUGUCCAGGACAAGAAGAUAUUACUUGAUCGUGAUCAUAGUCAGCGCUAUCCUGGGCAUCAUGGUGUUUAUUGCCACGAUCGUGUACAUAAUGGGAGUGAACCCGACGGCCCAGGCUUCUGGAUCUAUGUACGGCUCACAGAUAUAUAUGAUCUGCAACCAGUUUUAUACUCCUGGAGGUACUGGUCUCUACGUGGAUCAAUAUUUGUAUCACUACUGUGUGGUUGAUCCCCAGGAGGCUAUAGCCAUUGUCCUGGGGUUCAUGAUUAUCGUGGCUUUUGCUUUAAUCAUCUUUUUUGCUGUGAAAACCCGAAGAAAGAUGGAUCGGUAUGAUAAGUCCAAUAUUUUGUGGGAUAAGGAACACAUUUAUGAUGAACAGCCCCCCAAUGUUGAAGAGUGGGUUAAAAAUGUGUCUGCAGGCACACAGGACAUGCCUCCACCCCCAUCUGACUAUGCGGAAAGAGUUGACAGUCCAAUGGCCUACUCCUCCAAUGGCAAAGUGAAUGGCAAGCGAUCAUACCCAGAGUCUUUCUAUAAGUCAACACCUCUGGUGCCUGAAGUGGCCCAGGAGAUUCCUCUGACCUUGAGUGUGGAUGACUUCAGGCAGCCUCGGUACAGCAGCAAUGGUAACCUAGAGACACCUUCUAAAAGGGCUCCCACGAAGGGGAAAGCAGGAAAGGGCAAGAGGACGGACCCUGACCACUAUGAAACAGACUACACGACAGGUGGGGAGUCCUGCGAGGAGCUGGAGGAGGACUGGGUCAGGGAAUAUCCACCUAUCACUUCAGAUCAACAAAGACAACUCUACAAGAGAAAUUUUGAUGCAGGUCUGCAGGAGUAUAAGAGCUUACAGGCAGAACUAGACGACGUCAAUAAAGAGCUCUCUCGUCUAGAUAAAGAGCUGGAUGACUACAGAGAGGAGAGUGAAGAGUACAUGGCUGCUGCUGAUGAAUAUAAUAGACUAAAGCAAGUUAAGGGAUCUGCAGAUUAUAAAAGUAAGAGGAAUUACUGCAAGCAGUUGAAGAGCAAAUUAUCGCACAUCAAGAGGAUGGUGGGAGAUUAUGACAGACGGAAACCUUAGAGAGAUGCCAGUUGCGGGAGAAGGGAGAGGUGCAUCUGCCUGCACGAUGUCUCUGCAAUUCUCUCCAGAGGCAAACUGACUUUGGACUCUAAUCUGGGAAGUUAAAACUUUGUGAUCAUUACAAAGUUUCCGUGGCUUUAAUUCCAUCAGUUUCCUAUCUCCAGUAUUGAAGCAUUUUAUAAAUGGCUUUUGAUAAUUGACUGGGCUGAACACUCCAAUUAAGGAUUUUACAGUUUCAACAUUGAUUCUUGUAUUAAGAAUUAAAAUGUUGCUUGAUAUUUUAAAUGUCAAGAAAGGUCCUGGUGUGAGCUGUGAUGUGUGUUGAGCUUUGAUGUGAAGGUUCACACGCCAGGCAGUGUGUUCCUCCAGGUAGACCGUCUAAUCAAUCUUUGCAGCAGCCCUCAGGUGACUGUUAUUUAGAAUCAGGUUGUUUUUGGUUUUCCAGACAGGGUUUCUCUGUGUAGCCCUGGCUGACCUAGAACUUACGCUGUAGACCAGGCUGGCCUUGAACUCACACAGCUUCUCUGAGUGCUGGUUCAGGAGUUAACGUCGUGGACCGGUAUCAUCACUUUUCCUGCGGUGACUUCUCCAAACUGAAACUGCUAAGGCAGUUUUGGCUAAGUCUGUUUUAUGACUGCAAAUGACAGCAUUCCUGCCUUUGUAUUUCAGGGGAAAUACGAUACAUUAUAUCGGCCACGUUCCCCACCACUGUUUUUCUUAUAUUGACUUUUAACAAAUGAAUAGGAUUAUUUUUGGCUUUACAUUUUUUCCUAACACUUAAGAUCAUAUAAAAUUAACAAGUAUGUGAAAUUUAAGAAUUGUAAAUAUAUAUUUACGUUUGAAAGAUGAUUUUAAAUCCAGGGUUAAAGUGCUUUUUAUCUUGUAUAGUUUACAUGCUUUUUUUUUUUUUUUUUGAUAACCCACUAGACCUUUCCAUUGUAUCAGAGUAUCCAAUUACAUUUACAAUUAUGACUUGAAUUGUAUUUCACAGGAAUGCUCAAGUUUUGUACAUAUUUUAUAAGGUAUUAAACCUGAUGUUCUCUUUCUAUAAUGUGCUCAUUUGAUGUCAUUAGUACUGUUCUAUUCAGUUGUGCAAAGCUAUACUAAAGUUUCAGUGUGUGAACUACCUUGGGUGCUGUGCUAGCAGGUGAUUGCCCAGUCCUUGGGCAGUGAACAAAACUCUGACUAGAAAUGGGAUAAUGUUCAUAGAACAGCAUGAUACUUAAACAGUGUCUGUAAAUCCCAGGAUGUUCUUUAUAAAUUAAAAUUUUUGUUAAUAGUAUAAAAUUAGCUGAUAGUGCUUCAUAGACCACAUUGACAUCCAGCCCAAUUUGGUCUGUUUUAGCUGAAAAUGUUUUAUAUACCUUUCAGACAUGGCAGUACAUAUUCUUGUUUAUACAAUUUUUGAAUUAUUUUCCAAUGAUAAAAAUUUAAAUAAUGUUUUUGUAUAAUACUGGGUCAAUUUUUUUUUCAAAUUAAAGAAAAAUUUUAUUUUCUACAUGCUGAACAUAGUACAAAAAAGUAUUUUCGUCCCUUUUGGAUUGACAUCGAGUAGGAAAGACUGUUUGGAGCUCCUUAACUGGUCAUUAUGUUAAUUAACGUCUCCCUCUUGGAAAUCAUUGUUCUUUUCUGUUGUUUUGUUUUGAUUUAGACAGGGUUUCACUAGGUAGCUCAAGAUGGCAGACUUCAAAUUUGCAGUCCUCCUGCCUCCCACUCCCCGGGUGGCAGGUAGAUUAGAGGUUCUCCUCCAGGCCUGGCUCCUCCGUAGUUUAUGAAGCCAAUUUGCUAGUGUCCUCACAAAGCAGGUCUGUUCUGUUAGAUGAAGAAAAUGAAGUGGCAGGAAUUAUAAAACUGUGCCAUAAAAUUAGAUGUUGGAAGAGUAAAAGAAAUAAUUCUUUUCCAACGUGGUGCUACCACUGCAGGCCUGAAGCCAGUACCAGGGUGUGUCCAUCGGUCUGUUCAGGCAGUUUCUUAAUGUAAAAUAGGGGCUAGAUUAAACCUUAGAGGCGUUUUACAUUCUGACCUAUGGUUUUUGGUUUUCAUACCUACGUUCUGUUAGUAAAACUAUUCUUUACAUGCUUUUUUUUUCAAUAGUUAUGUGAAAACAUAACCCUUCUUAUGAAGUUCCCUGCAUUAAAUGAUGCGCACGUGUGUGUGUUAUUGUAAGUUGGUAAGAUCAAGGUUUCCAUUUUGAAAAGCUGAAAACAUUAGAAUAAACAUACAUGAACUAACCCCUCCCCCAGGAAAGGCAAUGAUGUUUUGUUGUGUGUGCUUUAUAUUUUUGAAAUAAAGUCUAGUAUUUACAGUAAA